AUUUGUUCAGGGAAGGACUUGCUCACCUGCCCCUCCCCUCUGACUCAAGUCAUAACAAGUACCUGGCUCCUGUGGCCCUGCAGCCUGGGAGGGACGGCAGGCGGCAGGCGGGUGAGAGGGGCGGCCGCGGCCAGCAGCCCAGUCCGUCGGAGAGAGCACAAGGUGGGCAGCUGCAGCCUCAGAGAGCCUGAGGCAACAUGCGAGACCCCUGCGCCCCCUGACUGGGCAGGGGCUGUUCCCUGAAUUCCUGGACUAAAGCCCAGAAGCAGCUGGGGAAACUCCAGGCUACCUCCACAUCCUGGCCCAGCUUGGGCGCCGUGUCCCCCCUUCCUGCUCUGUGCCCCCUCCUCCCAGACGUCCGCCAUGGAGAGUAAGGAUGAAGUCAGCGACAGCGACAGCGGCAUCAUCCUGCAGUCAGGCCCCGACAGCCCGGUGUCCCCGAUGAAGGAGCUGACCCACGCGGUUCGUAAGCAGCAGAGGGCCCUGGAGGCCCGGCUGGAGGCCUGCCUGGAGGAGCUGAGGAGACUCUGCCUGAGGGAGGCGGAGCUGACGGGCAGCUUGCCGCCAGAGUAUCCCCUCAAGCCAGGGGAAAAGGCCCCCAAGGUCCGCCGCAGGAUCGGAGCAGCUUACAAGCUGGACGAGUGGGCCUUGCACAGAGAGGACGCCCUGAGCAGCCUGGAGCGCCAGCUGGCCCUGCAGCUGCAGAUCACCGAGGCGGCCCGGCGGCUGUGCCUGGAGGAGCCCCUGAGCCGGCAGGCGCGGCGGCAGCGGAAGCACGCGGCGCUGCAGGAGGAGAAGAAGCUGCGGGAGCUCCAGCGCUGCCUGGGCGAGCGGCGGCGCAGCAGCGAGCCCCCUCCGGCCACCGUGCUGCCCCUGGGCCAAGAGCUCAGCGCCUCCGAUGACAGCUCCCUGUCAGAUGGGCUACUCCUGGAGGAAGAGGAAUCCCAAGUGCCAAAACCUCCCCCCGAGUCCCCAGCCCCACCUUCCCGGCCUCUCCCACCCCAAAGCCUCGAGGGGCUGCAGCCAGCAGGGCCCGAGCCGGGGGGCCUGGAGCGAGCCCCGAUCCAGAACAGCCCCUGGAAGGAGACCAGCCUGGACCACCCCUACGAGAAGCCCAGGAAGUCUUCCGAGCCCUGCAGCGAGUCCAGCAGCCCAGCCACCACACCGCAGGACGGGCCCAGCACCUCCAGCCCGUGGCUGCUGGAGCCUGCGCCCUACCAAAUGGUGCCCAGCCGUGGUGCUCCCGGACAGCGGCAGGGCCGCACCAGCGCCCCGGCCACCCCCGAGAUGCAGGGGAGGAGGGGCCAGUCACAGUCUCUGAGGGUGGAGUCCUUCCGGGCGGGUCCAGAGGCCCGCGGUCGCAGCGCCUUUCCCCGCCGCCGCCCCACCCACUACACGGUGACCGUGCCGGACUCCUGCUUCCCGCCCACCAAGCCCCCGCUGCCCCCGGCUGCCUGCCACUCCUGCUCGGAGGACAGCGGCUCUGACGUGUCCAGCAUCUCGCACCCCACCUCGCCGGGCAGCAGCAGCCCCGACAUCUCCUUCCUGCGGCCUCUCUCGCCACCCGAGCCCCCUCGCCACCGCGGGCCCUGGGGCCCGGGCAGCAGGGAGCUGGCCGCCCACUACCCCAAGCUGCUGCUGCCCCCCGGCUACUUCCCCGCGGGGCGCUACGUGGUGGUGGCCGAGGGCCACCUGCCGCCGGGCGAGUGGGAGCUGUGCCGCGCGGCCCCGGGCCCGGCCUACGCGGAGGAGGGCGCGCCGCUGCGCUACCAGCGCCUGGUGGCGGCGCACAGCCGCGUGGUGCGCACGCCCUCGCUGAAGGACAGCGCCACGGGCCGCGCGCUCAGCAAGGCCGCCGUCUCCGAGGAGCUCAAGUGGUGGCACGAGCGGGCUCGCCUCCGGAGCGCGCGCCCCCACUCGCUGGACCGCCAGGGGGCCUUCCGCGUGCGAAGCCUGCCCCCCGGGAGGGAGGGCUUCGGCCGAGCGCUGGGGCCCCGGACACAGGUGCCCACAGUGUGUGUGCUCCGGAGAUCACCCGAGGGGGCCCCUGUGCAAGUCUUUGUACCUGAGAACGGAGAGAUCAUCAGCCAGGUGUAACCCGGGCCAGGUGUAACGAUGCUCUGGAUGCCUCAGCCUCUUCCCCAAAAAAGACUUUCAUAGUGGGGCUGGGCUGAGACCCCC